AUCAGAGACACAAAGGAGAUGACAUAAAGGAGAUGACCAUCAGCAAGGAGAAGUUCCACUCAGUCCAGCAGCAGGGAGAAAAGUAGAUCUCCCUGGAUUAAGACGUGCAUUUUCAACAGAUCAUGCAGUGUUCGAAGGAACAGUACUGGGAUGGGCUUCUGGGGAACUGUGUGUCCUGCAAGUUUGCUUGCCAGCCACUCAAACUCAAGGGAUGCGCCGAUGUCUGCAGCUCCUUAGAGUGCAGCAAGCAAGAGGGCUCUUACUACGACAAGCUCCUGAGAGAAUGCAUCAAAUGCUCCAGCAUCUGUGGACAACACCCCACAGACUGCGUGCCAUUCUGCAGAAAGAGCCUUGCAACCUCUUUACCAACACCAGCUGCUCUCCAGCCUCUUCAGCGCAAGCUGGACGCCACACACGACCAACAGAUGGUAGUCUACAUGGUCCUGGGAUUCUCGCUCUGCAUUCUGCUCUUUUGCCUGCUCUUGACUUGGGUUUACUUUCGAAAAAAGGGGGAGGAGAUGUCCUGUGGAGCCAGCCCAGCGGCUUGCCAUAAAAAGGGAGAUCCACCAAAAGAUCGUCUCAUGGAAGCGGGAAGUCUCGGAAGCGAGUCCAGGGGCAGCCAAACUCCAGAGCCCGUGGAAACGUGCGGCUUCUGCUUUCCCGAAGUGAGCCCGGCCGUCCAGGAAACCCGAGCGUGCCCUAGGACGUAUCAGCUGGGGAUGCUGGCUGAUGCUGCUGCAGGAACUAUUCCUACCUCUGAAGACUGCCAUUUCCAAAUUAUAUGUUCUCCCUCCCAAGAAAAGAUGCAGAUGAGCUAAGCAAUGCAUGGUGGGAUACUACAGGAGCAUGACCCUCCCCGACCCCCCUCUCCGUAAGAAAGCUGCUUGAAUUGUUGAGGUCCUUCCCCUAGGCACAAGGGGACAUACUGUCCUACGCUAACAGGAAUAGAUCUUA